GUGUAUGGCAGCUAAAUACCUAAUUUUGACUUCAAUCCGAAACCCUAAUUUCCCAAGCCCUCGAAGCAACGAAAUUCAAUUUUUCCAAAGAAAAUUCUUCUCAAACACCAAGUCUCCAUGGCCACAGACGCCACGGCUAAGUUCCAAAACCCGGAAUUUCGGCCGGUAUCGCAGCCGCCGGACUUCCACCCGGAGCUCCCCGUCUCGGCCCACGACGGUCUCCACUUCUGGCAGUUUAUGAUCGCCGGUUCAAUCGCCGGCAUGGUCGAGCACAUGGCCAUGUACCCGGUCGACACCGUGAAGACCCACAUGCAGGCUAUGGGAUCAUGCCCGGUCAAGUCGGUCGGCGUCCGGCAAGCUCUCCGGUCCAUUCUGAGAUCCGAGGGUCCCGCUGGGCUCUACAGGGGAAUCGGCGCAAUGGGUCUCGGUGCCGGACCGGCCCACGCUGUAUACUUUUCGGUCUACGAGGUGUGCAAGAAGUACUUCUCAAGUGGGAACCCAAACAACUCGGCGGCGCACGCCGUCUCGGGCGUAUGCGCGACUGUGGCGAGCGAUGCCGUUUUCACGCCAAUGGAUAUGGUGAAGCAGAGGCUUCAGCUGAGCAAUAGUCCCUAUCGGGGUGUCUGGGAUUGCGUGAAGAGGGUGUUGAAAGAGGAGGGGUUUAGAGCGUUCUACGCGUCGUAUAGGACCACGGUGGUCAUGAACGCACCGUUCACAGCCGUGCACUUUUCGACAUAUGAGGCGGCGAAGAAGGGGUUGAUGGAGAUCUCGCCAGAGAGUGCGAGCGAUGAGCGGUUGGCCGUGCAUGCCACCGCUGGUGCCGCUGCUGGGGCUUUGGCUGCGUUGGUGACCACGCCCCUAGAUGUGGUCAAGACCCAAUUGCAGUGUCAGGGUGUAUGCGGCUGUGAUAGAUUUACAAGUGGCUCAAUUGGGGAUGUUCUUCAAACAAUAGUUAAAAAGGAUGGAUACAGAGGACUCAUGCGGGGAUGGGUUCCACGGAUGCUUUUCCAUGCUCCUGCUGCAGCUAUCUGCUGGUCUACAUAUGAAGCCGCAAAAACUUUCUUCCAAGAACUCAAUGAUAGCAGUAACACUGGAACUGGAACCUGAAUAGCCUUCAAGAAAAAGGGCAUUCUUUAUCAUACAGCUGCAUCACAGAUACCUCCUUUUGAUUAACAACUAGAAGUCUGCUUCCCAGGAGGGAUGAGCAAGCAAGACAAAUAAGCAUUUUUUCCCCAAUAACCUGACCAUGGUCUAUUUCGUAAGUGGAAGCAGUCAGAGUAAUUGAGGAGUUUUGGAAUUCGUUUGUAUUGUACACUACUCGGUCAGUAUAAUUAUCUUAUUUAUAAAUGUUUUAUUUUUCUUUUUACUAGUUUCCUUGAUGAGAAAACACCACUUAAAAUCAUUACUGUGCUAGGAAUUUUGCCUUAAUUUUGGGUUUCAUAUUUUGUAAGGUUUAGUCAGAUAAAAAAUUUAAGGGCGGCUGUUUACCAUCACCAAUUUUCUUGAUCUGUGUCAUUAGCUGACAGACUGUCAUGAUCUUGUUCAUAAAUUUCAGAUAUCUUGGUUGGCUGGUUUAUAUUUU